AUGACCAUCAAAGCUGUAAUUUUUGACAUGGGCGGAGUACUACUACCCGCACCGAUGCAUUAUUGGAAGACUGUGGAAUCUGCCCACAAUCUUCGAUCUGGAUCGGUUGUUGAAACGAUUCUCAGCAAUGACUUUUACAGUCAUUUCAAAUUGUUUGAAAUUGGUCAACUCACAUCAGAGGAUCUGGACCCACUUUUCACUCAUAUAUACAAUUUUCAGAAUAACAGAGUUGGUGAUGUUCUUCCUAUUUUCGCGGAAAUUAGCGGUCAAAUCGCUCAUUCAACUCUUCUCCCUGAAAUGGUUGAGUUGGUGAAGUCUCUACGUCUUGCUGGUUACCGUACCAUUCUCAUUACCAACAACUUCUACACAGAUCGUGCUAGACUUCUUCCAACUAUUCCUCCACAAGUCGGGCUUCUUUUCGAUGACGUUCUGGAAUCUUGUCGUCUUGGUCUUCGCAAACCAGAAACCAAAAUUUAUGAGCUGGCUCUUGAAAGAAAUAAGCUUCAACCAUCGGAAUGUGUUUUCCUCGACGAUCUUGGACCAAAUCUCAAACCAGCGAGAGCUAUGGGAAUCACUACAAUCAAAGUAGCGAAUAGUCAACAAGCAAUCCAGGAACUAGGAAACAUCUUGAAAUUAGAUUUUUCGUUCCCACCAGAGACAAGGGAUUGCAUUCCAAGAGAAAUACUUCCUGUAGAAAAAGUCAAUGACAUUAUCACCAGAAGAACUUCAUCUGAUAACAUAGUCACGGCUAUUCAAAAGUUUAGACAUGGUCAAUCCAAUCCAACGUACUACAUCCGAACAAUCAAAGGUUCUCAAUACGUUCUCAGAAAGAAACCAAAUGGAAAUCUUCUUCCAAAAGCUCAUCAAGUGGAUCGAGAGUACAAAAUUAUGAAUGCUCUACAAGGACUUGUUCCAUUGCCCAAAACAAUUUUGUAUGAUGAACAAACUCUUGACACUCCAUUCUAUUUGAUGGAGUACCAGAAAGGAAGAAUCUUCUUGAAUCCAUCUCUACCUGAAUUGACGGCUCCUGAGAGAAGAAAAGUUUAUGAAGAAGCUUUAAAAACAUUGGCUACUAUUCAUUCUGUCAACUAUGAGAAAGUCGGACUUAAAGAUUUUGGAAGAUCUGAUGGAUACAUGUCGAGAAACUUGAAAAGAUGGUCGGAUGCUUAUCAAAUGUCCAAAACAGAAGAGAUUCCGGAGAUGGAAAAACUAAAAGCAUACCUCAAAGAAAAUCUUCCUAAAAGUGGAAAAUCCACAAUUGUUCAUGGAGAUUUCAGAGUGGAUAAUUUGAUUCUUGAAGAGAAUGAAAUCAGAGUAAAAGGAAUUCUUGAUUGGGAACUAUCAACAAUAGGCGAUCCACUCUCCGAUUUGGCAACGUUCCUGUUUGUAUACUACGUUCCCAAUAGACUGAAACUUCUCCCUGGAAUUGGGGAUCACAGUGAAUCAGAUCUCCAUCGAAUGGGCAUUCCAACCAUUAAAGAAUGUCUUGAAUUGUAUGCAAAAUAUACGAAUACUCCUGUUGUUGAUCCUGAAAUCUGGACUUAUUACAUGGCGUUUGUCGUGUUUCGAUUUGCAAGUAUUGUUCAAGGAGUCUAUAUGAGAUCAAAGCUGAAGAAUGCAUCGUCCACAGAAGCUUCCAUGUUGGGACCAUUAGUAAGGAAACUUGCAUCAGAGGGAAACCAAAUGAUUUCAAAACUUCACGCUUCAAAAUCAUAUGGAAAAUUGACUAUCAUCCCAUCUGGAAUGUCGCCCAAAGCUCAAAAAUAUUAUGAAAUCGUUCGAGAUAUUGUCCAUAACGAUGUCAUCCCACUCGAAUUGGAACUAAUGGAAUACUACGAAGAAGGAGAAAAUAGAUGGACAAUUCCUAAUCCAAAAAUCGAGAAACUAAAAGAGAAAGCUAAGACAUUGGGAGUAUGGAAUCUAUUCAUUUCUGAGCAUAUCGAUCCAGACCAGAAAUAUGGAAAAGGAUUGACAAAUUUGGAAUACGCACAUAUCUGUGAACUCAUGGGAAGAAGUAUUUUUGCUCCUGAAGUGUUCAACUGUCAAGCUCCUGAUACUGGUAACAUGGAAGUUUUGAUUAAAUAUGGAACUGAAGAACAGAAGGAAAAAUGGUUGGUUCCAUUGUUGAAUGGAGAUAUCAAAAGUUGUUUUGCGAUGACUGAACCUGAUGUGGCGAGUAGUGAUGCAACAAAUAUUCAAGGUUCGAUUGUCCGUGUAGGGGGUGAGUAUAUAAUCAAUGCCCGUAAAUGGUUCAUUUCAAAUGCAUCUCAUCCGAAAUGUCGAAUUUGUGUUUUCAUGGGACAAGUAGCUGGACCAAAGAAAUCGAGAAUCUUCCAGCAAUCAAUGAUUCUAGUCCCCAUGCAAACUGAAGGAGUAAAAAUUGUCAGAAACACUCAUGUAUUCGGAUCCCAAGAUGCUCCUGGCGCCCAUCCUGAAAUCACAUUCACAAACGUUCGCGUUCCAAGGUUUCGAGAUAGCUCAAGGAAGACUUGGACCAGGAAGAAUUCACAUGCAAUGAGGUUGAUUGGCCAUGCUGAACGAGCGAUCGACGUCAUGAAAGAUAGACUGAUGACACGAAUUGCAUUUGAAAGAACGUUAGUUCAAUUCGAUAGUUUGAGAAAGGAAUUGGCAUUGUCCAGAUGUGAAGUCGAGCAGGCGAGGUUAUUAAUUUUAAAGGCAGCUCAUAUGAUUGAUACCGUUGGGCCAAAGGAGGCGAAAUCCGAAAUCGCUAUGAUCAAAGUGGUUGCUCCAAAUAUGGCAAUCAAUGUGAUCGAUCGGGCAAUGCAACAACAGGGAGCUCGUGGUCUCACUCCUUUUACUCCGUUAGCAAGUUUCUAUGUUUGGGCACGAUCCCUUCGAGUGGCUGAUGGACCAGAUGCGGUACAUCUAGAGACAAUUGCGAAGAUUGAGUUGAAAUCUAGAUUGUAA